AUGUCAACUACCCCCUACAUCCCCGGUCGCCUAGACGGUAAAGUCGCGCUCGUCACCGGCUCAGGCCGUGGCAUCGGGGCAGCAAUCGCCAUCCAACUCGGUCGUCUGGGCGCCAAAGUCGUCGUCAACUACGCCCACUCAGCCGAACACGCCGAAAAGGUCGUGGCCGAGAUCAAGCGCCUCAACUCGGACGCGAUUGCCAUUCAGGCGGAUGUCCGUGACGUGUCGCAGACGGCCAAGCUCUUCGACGCUGCCGUGGCGCACUUUGGCCAGCUCGACAUCGCCGUCAGCAAUUCGGGCGUGGUCAGCUUCGGCCACCUCAAGGACGUGACAGAGAAGGAGUUUGACCGCGUCUUUAGCCUUAACACGCGCGGCCAGUUUUUCGUGGCCCGCGAGGCCUACCGCGUGUUGCAGGAGGGCGGGCGCAUCGUACUUACGUCGUCCAACACGUCUAAGGACUUUAGUGUCCCGCGGCACUCGCUCUACUCAGCCUCCAAGGGUGCGAUUGACUCGUUUGUGCGGAUUUUGUCCAAGGACUGCGGCGAUAAGAAGAUCACGGUCAAUGGGGUUGCGCCGGGGGGCACCGUGACGGAUAUGUUCCACGCCGUGUCGCACCACUAUAUUCCCGACGGAGAGAAGUUCACGGCCGAGGAGCGCCAGCACAUGGCGGCUUUUGCAUCGCCGUUGCAUCGGAAUGGGUUCCCGGAGGAUAUUGCUGGCGUGGUUGGGUUUCUGGUGAGUAAGGAGGGGGAGUGGGUGAAUGGCAAGGUCAUUACUCUGGACGGCGGCGCGGCGUGA